AUAUCUACGGCCGGAAGAUACCAUCCUGUAUUCAUUGCAGACAACUCUCGAUUUGCUCGACAAACCGCUCGGCUGUCUACUAUGACCGGCCGAUGGCAUGCUGUACAUGAAGCUUCCGGAAGGAAGCUUGCUGUAUGCAGCAUAUCAGUAAACCAUCCUCGGCUCAAGAAAUAUCGUAGACCGCUGCAGACGGGUCUAAUCCCGCGUGCUGUACACAGCUAUCGCCCAAUGCAAGAAGGAGAGGUGCAUGCGCUCGUGCGCCAGCUUGCGAAGUCGCCCGAAUAGUUCAUUUCUCACGUUAGGAGAAAUGCGGCAGACCCGAACCGGUUU